GUUAAAUAAUAACCGUCAAGCAUAUAUUUUUUAUGCAAUUAUAUCUCUUUGUAUAAAGCCUAAUUGCAAAAUGCACACAUAUAUUGUAUAACAACCUAUAGUUAUCUGUUAUCUAAUCAAAUGACAAUAAAAGUAGUCAAUAAAACGUCAUGUUUUAUGAGAUUAUAGUCCAGUAUAUAUAUAUGCGUACAAUAUGUUAUGCUGAGCAGAAUGUGAUUCAGAUAAAACUGGUAUGUGCCUGUAUCAGUAAUAAGCAUGCUCAACCGUGAUAGUACUGCUAACCCAUAUAACACCCGCUUGCAGUGAUAGAUUGCUGUUGAAUUUACUAAUAUGAUGAAUAAGUGUUUUAAAUAUUUAUAUCCCUUUACUUCCCUGUUUGAUAUUUCUUUCCUUUAGCGAAGACUUCAGAGGCAGAUCACUCAUUUUAUGUAUAAUAUAGUAAUUUUUGAGUGUUUAUGGACAGUGGUGAUCAAUUAUCAGAUGGCUUACAUGUUCAAUUUCGAUUCAAUGCUAUAAGUAAAAGGUACAACAGCUUAGUUUGUAGAAUAUAUUGUAGGUAUUAAAUCAAUAAUUUAGUAAUUUCUGUCUGAAGCAAAUAUUUAAGCUGUAAUUUAUUUUUAAGCAGUAUCAGUACUGCCAGGUAGCUAGGACGUAUUAUCUGUAUUGGCAACAAGAAAAAUCUGUAUAAGUAUCUUCUGUAUAGAUUUUAGUUUUAGUGAUCUUUUUCUUAGAUCCCUUGACUACUAUUUUCUAAUUCAAAACCAAAACAUACAUCUAUAUAAAAAAAAAACGGUAUAAAUUGUCAUUUAGUGUAAAAAUAUUUAUAAAAAUCUGCAUCAAUUUCAAUUCUGUAUCAGCUAAAUAUCUAAAUAAGUAAUUGGUGCUGCCUAGUAGGUAUACAGAUAAAUCAGCAUACCUGGCAACACUGAUAAGUAUUUUAUCUUUAAAAUCCUUCAUUCCGGUUUAUUUGUUCACUCAUAUUAGUUCUCUACUCCCACAAGCUUAUCUGUGGCUGCAUGUGUUAUUUGUGUUUAUGGUAGUCGACAAUUGUCACAUUUCAAAUUAAAAAUAUCCGUUGCAAUUUGAUGAAAGUAUUUUUUACGUUCGCUAUUUCAAACUUCAGCAACUUAAUAUAUAGGCAGCUGAAAUAUUAGUCGUUGUAACAGAAAUAGAUAUUCAGAAUAACGAAUGUUUAAUAUUGGGACACUCGACUCACUCGUGCGCAAGGAAACUAACAGCUUGACGAAAAUUUAUAACAAGUUUAGUAAUUUUUUAAAAGGUGAUAGUGAGGGUAGCAGUGACGAUAGUAAACAAAAUAUGUUGUCUGCGAGAGGCUCUAACACUACUGAUGACCAUUAUAUUACGUCAGUAUCUUCGGUGGGUGAUCUGAUGGCAAUGUCACCAAAGAAGGAACUGUCGGACCAUUCGGACGAAACAAGCGACCUGCUCACGGGUGCAGACGUUGGCAGUAUAUGCGACGUUACCAUGCAAGACCUGCCAUUGUAUGACGACAAUGUGUUCAUCGACUCUACCAGCUUGGACUACCUUGUAAAAUGUGCAGAAUCGAACAGAAACCACAAUCAUGUAGACCGCGGCAAAGAAAGUUUGUUUGUGAAGUUCGACCCGUUGUAUGCCAGGCAGAAUUUAUUACAGUCUGAUUCUAUACAAAAUGAAACCACUUCGGACUCGACUGAGUGCGACGUGGGCUACGAGACAGGCAGUGCUGCAUCAAUUUAUGUUGACAGUCACGUUGCAUCGCCUAAACAUUCUUUAUCUACUGGUUCCAUGCCUACAACGCUGGGUAAAGAUAAACCAACACAGGUGGUGCCUCCUGUUAUCAAUAGUGAUGUAACAAAGUCAGGCACAAGCCAAACACGAUCCACUCCAGCCCUUGUUCGCAGUGUAUCAGCUAUACUCACUCCACAAGUCACUACUGACAGAUUGAUCAGCAUCUCGGGGAACACUCCUCCUACUGCAGCUCCUAGAAGUCCCAGAGUGUUCAACUAUAACUCACAACAAGUAGAUCGCCUUCAAUCACUAAGAGUUAUACUUCAAAAACAAGACCAAGAAGUUUUACAGCUCAGACAAGACAACAGAGAAUUAAAAUCAUUGCUUCAAGAAAUUGAACAUAAACACUCAAGAACCUUAGAAGAAUUGGCAUCUAGUGUCAAGAAACUUACUGAAGAAAAAGAACACUUCUUAGAGAAGGAAAAUAAACUCCUUCAGCAAGUCAAUGACAAAAUAUUAAGUAACAAACAAAUGUGCAUUGUUAUGGAAGAAUAUGAGAAAACUAUAUCUUCUCUAAUAGGUGAACAGCAGAGAGACAAAGUUGCCACUCAAGAAGCCAUGGAGAAGUUAACUAAUGAGAGAGACCAAGCUUUGAAUCACCUUUGCAGCAUGGAAAGCUCUUUCAAUGACCUUUUAGCCAAAUAUGAAAAAUGUAAAAGUGUCAUCCUAGAGUUUAAAGACAGAGAAAUAGUAUAUGAGCAAAAGAUUACUGAAUAUGAAGGGGCAGUUAAGAAAUAUGAAGGAUUGUAUGGCAAUCUAAAGCAGGUCACGUCAGAUAGCCUAGCGAAAGCAAAUGAAACACUGGAGAAUGUUAAAAAGAACCACAAUGCAGAAAUUACUAAACUGAAUGCUAUAAUCAAAAAACAUGAAAUUACUAUUGCUUCACUUCAGGAAUCUUUGACUCAGAAGAAUAGGGACAAUGAAGAACUCACAAGAAUAUGUGAUCAGCUCAUCAACGAAGUCCGCUAAACAUGACCAGUAUUAUAUCUAAGAUAUUGCAUUUUUGGUGCUUUUCCAACCCAUCGUCUUAUUUAUAUGUUUGGCGUCCAAUAAUUACUUUUGUGAAUUCCUGUGAUUCAACUCAAGUGCUCUUGCUGUGAUGAAACUUUGUACAUAGUUAUCAUUUAUUAUUGUGGUGUUUUUGGUGUUUUAAAUUAUAUUGGACUUAUUUCUUAAUUUUAUAUUAUUUACUAAUUUUAAUUUGGAAAAAGAAAUCCAAGAUUGUUUGUACCUUUUGACUUGACACUAUUCCAUGUUAACUGAAUGCCAUUUGUCCAAACAAUUCUAUUAAAAAUAUUCAUUUACUAAUAUAAUGGUAAACAAAAACAUAUUUAGUAAACAACUUGAGUAAUAAUAAUGUUAUCAUAUUUCAUUUGUCUUGACCAUAAAAGCAAAUUAAAUAUAAUUAUGUCUAAUGGAUGUUUAACAAAAUUAACUCUGUUGUGACAAUUAUUUUGAAUGUUUGUAUGUUCUAAGACAUUAUUGUAACCUGUAGACACUAUUCGUUUUAAUAAAAUACAUUAUUUAGAUAUA